CGACGAGGAAAUGCCGUGACGUCACAUCCGGGAAGAAAGCAGGGCAGGACGCAGCAUUAGCAGCUCUUAGUCUUCAAAGCGUUAUUUACCGCGAUAGUCGGCGGCGUUACCAUGGUAACCCAGCCCGCGGUCCUCCUUCCCGGGACAAGACGCAGCAGAUGUGAGGAAGACGCCCGGUCAAAGAUGGCGCCGGCGAGCUAGCUGCUUCCCCCCCGAGAUGCUGGCAGCAUGGCGGACUGCGGCGGUGCUGCUGCUGCGGUAGAAGACGGCGCGGCCCCGCUGGCGAGGAAGGCUCUGUCCGCGGCCUUCUGUCGGCUGCGUUACCGGGACACGUCGCUGCUGGUGUGGCGGCAGCAGCAGGAGGCCGCCGCCCCGCCGCCGUCUUACCUCAGCCGCAGCCAGUCCUCCUGGUACAGUAACUAUGGCAACCAGGCCGUGCUGGUCCGGGACAGGAGCAGCCUGCAGGACGCGGGACAGUCCCGGAUCUGCAGCGUCAUGUAGACUUUCACAAUAAAAGCUGGCGCGCCCAGACGGUUGCUGAUGGUGUCAAUCAAGGUCCAGUCACGUGACACGUCUUGUGUUUGUUUAUGGGAACAAAAAGCGUCAUGUGGACUUUCACAAUAAAAGCUGAUGGUGUCAAUCAAGGUCCAGUCACGUGACACGUCAUGUGUUUGUUUAUGGAAACAAAAAGCGUCAUGUAGACUUUCACAAUAAAAGCUGAUGGUGUCAAUCAAGGUCCAGUCACGUGACACGUCAUGUGUUUGUUUAUGGAAACAAAAAGCGUCAUGUAGACUUUCACAAUAAAAGCUGAUGGUGUCAAUCAAGGUCCAGUCACGUGACACGUCAUGUGUUUGUUUAUGGGAACAAAAAGCGUCAUGUAGACUUUCACAAUAAAAGCUGAUGGUGUCAAUCAAGGUC